CACAGGUUGAGCACACUUCAUUUGGGGUGUUUUGAAACUGCUGAUUCAUUCUGAAACUGCUCUUUGUAGAUUACAUUCCAUCAGACCUACUCCUGUCUGGGACAAUGAGGCCAAAUAUAAAGUCUUACACCUGGAGUUAAAACAGAAGGCAGGGGUGAUUGGGUUAAGCAUUAUCACCUUGUUUUGAGUUGGUUGAUUGAUUUACUAAUUAAAUAACUAAUUUGCCUGGGAGUAACUGGUGUAGCUCAGCCAUUUGGAUCUAAUAAAAUAAACACAGAAGUUUACCUCAGGUCUUUGUACUGCUUUCAUAUUAUUGCUUUACCUGCAGAGGAACAAAAGAGUCUCACUGCAUGCAAUGAAAAGCGGACGAAUUUCCCAGCACCAAAUUAUUCCUGACCUGUCACUGAGUCAGAUCUUGGGCUGCCUUUGCAGAAUGCUUCAGGAAGAUGGUAAUUUUGAUGAGCUCCUAGCUCGGAAGGAACAGGAAUGGAAAGAGCUGCAAACUCGCCGUUUCCAAUUAUUGGAAACAACGCUUCGAGAUGUAAAAACCCAGCUGAAAGAACAACAAGAGAAGUUUACCUUACUGAAGGAGGACUUCAAGUACAACCUGAAGGUGCUGGACGAGCGAGACCGAGAAUUGGAACGAUACGAUUCCAUGUUUUCCCAUCUGAAGGUGGUGGAAAGUUCAAAGCAAGCAGAGAUCAGUGAGUUGCGAAUUCGGAUUGACAAAAUGCAAGAAGCAGUCAACAUGGAGGCAAAGACACAAGAGCAGUUGGAGCUCCGCUACCAGCAGCAGCUGAAGCAACACCAGUUGGAUUUGGAGAAAACCCGAAGUUCCAAACACUCUGAGACAAAUAGACAUCGCGAGGAGUAUGAAAAACUGAAACGUGAACUUGAACGUAAAAUCCGAGAAGUGGAGGGAGAGCUUAGUUUGCAAAAACAGGAACUAUUAGCAGAGUUUGAUGCUGAAAUGAGACAGCGAGAACAUGAGUUCACACUCAGAGCAGAUGAAAUGAGUAAUGUCGUACUUACAAAUGAACUGAAGGUGAAACUACUGUCAAAGGAGUUAGAGGUGCUGAGAGAAGUGGGAGCGAAGGCAGCAGAAUCACUUCAAGUAGCAGAGAACACAAACCAUGAAAUGGAAAAGCAACUUCAAAGAAAAGAAUGGGAUUUGAAAGAUGUAACUACGUUAAAAGAAGUCAGGAUAAAAGAACUAGAAGAUAAAAUCCGUGGAAAGGAAAUGAAGUGGAAUAAGGAAGUGGAAAUGUUCCAACGCAAAUUUGCAGAGUUGGAUCGUUUUGCCCGUGAGAGAGAUGCGAUCCUUGAAGCAGCAAAGGAGGCCAAUGCAGAACAGAUAAGGGAGCUGGAGAACAAAGGGCGCGAGCUGCAAAUUAGUUUGGAGAGCCUUGAAAUGGAGAAACGUCAGGGAGAAUGGAGAUGUGCAGAUGGCAUGAGAGAGAAAGAGGAUGCCAUUGAGAAGCUACGUGGGGAGCUUUCAACAGUGAAAGCUGGCUGGGAUGCUCACAUCCAGCAGAUCUCCAAGGAGACAGUUGCUAAGGACGUGCAAGUCAAAACGUUGCAGGACCAGGAUUCGAAGCUGAGAGCUGAGUUAACAAGACACAAAGAGGAUGGAGAGAAAUAUAAACAGCAGCUUGUUCGAGCGGUAGAGAGGGAGAAGAAUCUGGAACAAGCUCGAGUUCAGGUAGAGCUGGACUGGCAGUAUCGCUGUGAGGAGAUGGAAAGAAAUCAGUACCUGAAGUCAGAGGAACUUAUUCAAGGUCUGAGCCAAGCUCAAAACCAGGCCCUAGCAGAACUGCAAGAAACAAAGCGUGAACUGCAGGAGAUGGAGGCAUUAGUCCAAACAGUGACCUUAGAAAGAGAUCGAGCGGUGGCAACUCUACAGAAACAUGGUAUUCUUCCAGAGAGUGAUUUACAGGCUUCAGUACCUGGGGGAGGAGGCCGGGAUGGUAUGGAUUUCCCUUCAGAUGCUUUCCGGAAGCUUCAGCAGCAAAACCUGAACUUGCGGAUUGUAAUUGGCCAGAUGAGGAAAGAAAUGGAGACACUCAGCGAGCAUAUUCCAGCUAACCAGAGCAAGGACAAACUACACGACAACGCGAGGUCAAUGAAGAACUCCAAAGAGGCAUUGCAGAAUGGCCCUCUUACCUCAUAUACUCCAGAGUAUGUCAAAUCUUUGGAAGUUGAGGUUGGUGGAUUGAAACAUAAGUGCAGAAAGUUGGAAGAACAACUGGAAGAUAUUUCAAAGGCAUCUAAUAAGACCCGUGUUCCCCUCCCAGGCCUUCCCAUUUCUGCAGACAAUGCCUAUCUUCAGAACCACAUCCGUACCUUAAAUGAGACCAUAGGUGGUCUUCGUGCUGAGAAGGUUUCAGCUGCUGCCACAAUAAAGAAGCACGAAGCCAGGAUUGUGCACUUAGAUUCUGCAGUUACACAGCUCACCCAACAGGUUCGUCAGAAGCAAGUGGAAAUCAAUCAGCUGCAAUAUGAAAUCACCAGCCACACGCAGAGAAGCAAUGCAGAAAUAAUGAGACUGAAAGAGCGAGUUGCGGAAUUGGAGUUACAGUUAUCGGAAACACGCCGAGAAGCAGAUGAGUAUUUCAGGGGUAACCUUCAACAAAACCUGGAAACUGUGGCGUUAGGAAAUGAGGUUUCAGCUCUAAAGUUGGAUUUACUAAGUGGCCGUGCCCCAGUGGUGGUAGAACAGAGUGCAUUUAUUAGGGAACUUCAGGAAGAGACCCUCCGCCUACGUCAGCAAGUAUCCAACUCUGCAUCAGUCAGUGGCCCCUUGAAACAGUCGAGCUCUAGUGCAUCGGUUUUACAAGCCAAACUAAAGCAGGCAGCUCGUCACAUCAGUCGCUUGGCACGUGAGAAACAGCAACUGAUUGAAAUGGGAAACAGACUCCGAGCAGAACUGCUGAGAUCUGGAUUGGAUGUUUCUCAGCCCUCUAUGGCUUUAAAUCAAUCAGUCCUCCCUUCUCAGUCUCCCAAACAACUGGCACAGAGGCGUCUUUCUGCUCUAGAGCACCUUCAGUACCAACUCACCACACAGGAGCUGGAAUACGCACAGAGGCAACAGUUUAAACAAGUUGUCACUACUGCGCGACGGAGUUCCCCAGAAAGUGAAAUAAACCACAAUCCCUGGGAAAACAAUACUGCAGGGGUUGGAUGUACCACAAAUGGGAAUUUAUCUGCAGCUUUGACAGGAAAACCUGUAACCAGUAUAACAGAGGAAAGUGCACUCUUGGCAACCAGCCAACCACAAAACCUUCUUAUGCCAGAACCCAGCGGAUUGCAACCUGUGAUCAGUCCACUGAUGUCAUCUUAUGGAACCGAUAGCUCUAUUCAGGAUAUCUGGCAAAUGUUGGAGAGAGGUUCCAGCCCCUCGAUAGGUUCUCCACAAGACAACACUGUACAAGCUGGAGGAGGUUUGAAAAGACCCGAGACCAACAGAGAGUCGGUGCCGUCCAUAAAACCCAACAGUUCUACAAAGGUAACAGGAAGGGAACCAACACUUAAUGUGAAAGGCAUUCAAGCUGACAUCAAGAGCAGAACAAAAGCCAAGCACCUUGCUGAAACUCCAAAGAAACCAAAACGUUUAACCAAAGCUGCAAAGAUUAGAAACUACAACAUACGUGACUGAAAAACUGAGCCAGAUCUCAAGAAAGGAAAUGCAUCAGAAAAACGGCACCAUUUUACUUAACUCUGCACACAUACACACACCACACACUUCAGCGAUGCUAGACUUUAUUUCAACAAAUGUGUCUUGGUCUCUUUGGUUCCUAGAAGUUGACCAGAAUGGUUGUUUAUUGCACCUCACAGGAGAAUAAAACCUUCCCAUUCAAAAUA